AUGGGGUAUCCGACCGAGGAUCAAACCCCGGAUGAUGCAGAGGAUGAUUUCUCCGGCGUGGUGAAGUCCCUGGGAGCCAUGAAUUUAGAUGAGCCUCAUCACCAUCAUCAUCAUCAGCAGCAGCAGCAGCAGCAGCAGCCUGGCAUUCUCUUGAUCGAAGAUUAUUUCAAGAAACCAGACCCCGAGGAGGAGUGGGAGCAGAUUUUUCAGGAAGAAGCACGGCAAGAACAGAUGAAGAUGGAUAUGUCAGAUUUCCAACUAGACCAGGAGCAAGAACAGACGAAGGUAGCCUCUGCUGAUCUACAGCAAGAACAAAUGAAGACAGAUGUGGCGGAUCUCCAACUAGAUCACGAGCAAGAACAGAAGAAGGUGGCCUUUGCUGAUCAAGAGCAAGAACAGAUGAUGGCGGCUGGCCAACAAGAACAGAUGAAGACAGCGGCUGCCCAACAAGAACCGAUGCAGAUGCCGGCUCCCCCACAAGAACAAAUGAGGAUGGCGGCUCCUCAACAAGAACAGAUGAAGAUGAUGGCUGCCCAACAAGAACAGAGGAAGAUUGCGGCUGCCCAACGAGAGCAGAUGGAGAUGGCGGCUGCCCAACGAGAGCAGAUGGAGAUGGCGGCUGCCCAACGAGAGCAGAUGGAGAUAGCGGCUGCCCAACAAGAACAGAUGAAGAUGGUGGCUGUCCAACAAGAAGAGAUGAAUAUGGUGGUUGCCCAACGAGAGCAGAUCAAGAGGGAGAUGGAGGUUGACCAAAGGGAGCAGAUGAAGAUGGCGGCGGAGCAAGUGCAAGAACAGAUGGAGAUGGCGGCUGCCCGGAAAGCACUCCGGCUGACGAAGAUGGCGGCCGCCCGAGAAGGACGACAAUUUAUGGCGAUGGCGGCGGCGGCCAGGAGAGAGCAGCAAGAGAUGGAAGCGUGGGCGGCGGCGCCGCCAGCCCCAGCGCCGACGGCCGCGGCUGAGGAGAAAAGGAGGAGGAGGCAGCUCCGGAUCGCCCAGAGGCGCGAAGCGGCCGCUGGGGUGGCGCCCGGGAGGAAGGGCUAG